GAUGGGAAGAAAGAGAAAGGUGAGAUCAGGAAAGCCAAUUUCGCCACCAGAGUAGCCGCGGCGCCUCGCCCUUGCGGACCAGCAGGGGGCGCGCUGGCCCCGCUCGCACCUGCUCUCGGCACAUGACUUCCAUCCAGUCCUUUGGCUUUACGGCUCGUCGCCCGCGGCGGCAGCCGUUACCAUGGGGACGGGCUUGGGUGGCAACCGUAACUAGGGAGUCCUUCGAAGAGAGCGGCGGCAGCUGGAGGCGGAGGGGUCCAGGCCGCAGGACGACCCUGACCUAUAAGGACCUGGGUGGGCGCGCUCUAGGAAACUCAACAGAGAAGAAUGUCAGAUGCAGAGGAAAGCCCCCUGGGAGAAACAGAAGAAGAUGGAGAGACAGAAAUGGAAGAAGAAGAAGAAGAAAAUCCAAAUUAUUAUGCAGAGGUAGAAAGUAUGCAACAGGAAUCAAAAGAAGAUGACACAGUAGCAUGGAGAGACUCUCAGGAGGAGGGGGAGGAGAAAGAGAAGAAGGAGGAGGCUGUCAGAGAAGAAACAGUGGAAAAGGCUGGAACAGCACAGGAGGAAGUGGCUGCAGAAGUCCAAGAAGAAACCACAGUGAAGCCGCAAGACAUCACGGAAACCGUGGGCACUUUGGAGAGACUUUCGUUGACUGAUCCCCAGUCAGUCAUGUCAGAAACUUCUCCAAAAACCCAUGGUGGUGGUGAGUUAAAACAUUCAUUACCGUCAGAGCUGUCAAGCAGCCUGAGCUCACAAAUAGAAUUUCUUGAUUUGGAGCUAACUAGUUUUGAGGAACAGCAGAUGAGUUCCCCCGAAUCGCAGUCCUCCAGGGAGCUUGGGGACGACACUGACCGUGUGCCUCAAGAUGAACUGGGACAAGAGAGGAGAGACUUGGAACCAGGAAAGGGGGAAACGAGACAAGAAAAAAGAGUAUCCUACUUAGCUGAGGAAAAGGAAGUCCAGCCCGAAGCCGACAUCCCAAAGGACUCACUGGUGUCUACCACCACCGAGGACAUUUUGUUUCAAAAGGAUGAGAGUGCCAGCGUGUGCCCGUUGACCAUGACUUGGUCAUUCGGAUGGAACAGUUCUCUUCCUGUUUACUAUAUUCGAGACACCAACCAGAGAGUUCUUCUGUAUGCCAGUGCCCAUACUGCAGUCAUCUACGACGUUUUCAAGAAUAGUCAGCACCAUCUGCAGGGCCAUCCUAAUGUGAUCUCCUGUUUCUGCAUCAGCGAAGACAGACGGUGGAUUGCCACGGCCGACAAAGGGCCCAACUGCCUGAUAAUUAUAUGGGACUCCUUCACAGGCAUUCCUGUACACACAAUAUUUGACAGCUGCCCGGAAGGUAACGGUAUCAGGACCAUAGCCAUCUCCCGGGACGCCAAGUAUCUGGCAACCAUCUCUGAUGCUGAAAUGCAGAAAGUUUGCAUCUGGAGGUGGACCUUAGCCGUGGAAACACCGGCAUGUACUCUGGACCUUCCCAAAGAGUAUGGUUUUCAGAACUACCUUACUUUUAAUCCAACAAAUAAUAAAGAAUUGGUGAGCAAUAGUAAAACACAGGCAAUAUAUUAUUUGUGGACAUUCAACAAGCUCGUGGGAAAGUUCAGCCAGUCUGUCUUUCAUUUGAAUUUAACCCAAAUGCUCUCCGCGACAAUGGAAGGAAAGCUGGUCGUCUGGGAUGUAGACCGCCCACCGCCAAGUGCGCCCACCUCUUUGGGCCUUCCCUACAUCAGACCCUGUAAACUGGUUCAUUUGCAGAAAGAGAGUAUCAGUGUGCUUACUACAGUUGAUAGCUAUAUUGUCACCGGGGAUGCAAAGGGUCACAUUAAGUUCUAUGACCACACUCUGUCCAUUAUUCACUGGUACAGCCACUUCAAACUCAGCUCUAUAAGGUGUCUGUCCUUUUCAAAGACCCCGGCCACUCCUCCCACCGAAAACUCGAACUAUCCUCCAGACUGCACUUUGAAAGGUGACCCUUUCGUUAUAAGGAAUCUUGUCAUUGGAACAUCUGAUGCGACAGUGUACCACUUAACGACCGAUGGGACCAAACUUGAGAAGUUACUUGUAGAGCCCAAGGAUGCCAUAUAUGCCAUCUCCUGCCACCCAUAUCAACCCCUCAUUGCCAUUGGGAGUUUCUGUGGGAUGAUCAAAGUGUGGGAUUAUGAAAGGAAAAAAUAUCUUUUCAGCAGGGUCUUUGAGAAGGGUCUCGGAGUGCAGAGUCUGACCUACAACCCGGAAGGAGCCUUUCUUGGAGCUGGCUUCACAGAGGGGACAGUUUACAUUCUUGAUGCAAUGUCCUUAGAAAACGAAAUCCCAGAGCCUUUCAAAUAUUCCACAACUAGCGUGACUCAUAUAAGCUUCUCCCAUGACUCCCAAUAUAUGGCAACUGCUGAUGUGAGUUUUACCGUGGCCGUUUACAAGGUCAAGGUCAAAAGUGGAAAGAGGGUCUGGGAAUAUUUGGCAAGACUUCGUUCUCAUCGCAAAAGCAUUCAAAGUCUCCUGUUCGGGAUGCAUCUGGACAGCAGUGAGCCCAGGCUGCUGAGCCUCGGGAGAGACAAACUCUUGAUUGAGUAUAGUCUUCUCAAGAGCUACAGAGACCACCUGGAAGUCCUGGACAUUCACCGGACCGACCAGGGCAGCUACCCCACCUGUAUGAUCUGGUACCCGCCCCUCAUCAAGGAACGCUUCCUGAUCAUUUCCAACAGCAACUACAAAGUGAAACUUUUUAAUUCUACCACAAAAAUGUGCAGAAAGACACUUCUGGGGCCAGUCUAUGGUUCCCCCAUCGAGCAGAUACAAAUCCUCCCAGUGAAAACGACUGUCGAGCUGCAGAAACGCUACUUGGUGUUUAUUAAUACAGACAAGGUUGGACUUCAGAUCUUACCAAUUGAUGGCAAUCCCCAUAAGACAGCUGCUAUUAUAUGCCACCCAAACGGGGUGGCUGGACUGGCCCUUGCCUAUGACGGCCACUAUGCCUUCACAGCAGGCGGCCCGGACCGAUCGGUGUUACAGUGGGAAAUCAACUUAAGCGCCUUGGAGGCAGCGGUUUCUCUCGGGGGCGAAGACUUGACCCCGUUCUAUGCUCUGGUGUCUGGUGGCAGGGAAGGAAAAUUCUACAGGGAGCUGGAAGACUAUUUUUACUAUUCUCAGCUCCGUAGUCAAGGUAUCGACACAAUGGAGACCAGAAAAGUGUCGGAACACAUUUGCCUGUCGGAGCUCCCUUUUGUCAUGAGAGCAAUUGGCUUUUACCCAUCGGAGGAGAAGAUUGAAGAUAUGUUCAACGAAAUCAGAUUUAGUGAAUAUGUAGACACUGGAGAAAUAAUUGACAAAAUCAACUUACCAGAUUUCCUCAAAAUUUACCUGAAUCACCGGCCACCUUUUGGGAACACCAUGCAUAGCAUCCAGAAGAGCUUUGACAUCCUCGGCUAUACCAAUUCAAAAGGGAAGAAAGUUAUUCAAAGAGAAGAUUUCCUGAAACUGCUUCUAACUAGAGGCGAGCACAUGACAGAGGACGAGAUGUCUGACUGCUUUGCUUCGCUGCUGGGACUGAAUCCUGAGGGCUGGAAAUCUGAGCCUGCAGCCUCCUCCGUCAAAGGUUCAGAAGUGUGCUAUGAAGAAGAACUUCCAGACGAAAUCACGGCAGAAAUAUUUGCGACUGACAUUCUUGGCUUCACCAUCUCACCCGACUCCAGACAAGAUCCUACGGUCAGUGAAGUCAUAAGGAAUGUGUGAAGCACAAAGGACUUUGUGUGUGAGCGCUUUUGUUUUUUUUCCCAAGAAGCACUAAGUUUCCUGCAUUUCCCUACCCCCACUCUACAUCUUGAGAACGUUUAGACAUUAAAAGCAAAUUUCUGUUAAGCGAUGGAAUUCACAAAGUCGGGCAUUCCACUGUUUCUGAAAUAGACAAGUGGGUGGAGGCAAGAAAAGCACGGGCAGCUGGGUGUAAAUGGUAGCUAGACACCCUGGCCCGGCUUUGUGCCUAAACUAAGGCAGUGCUGCCUGGAGGGGAUGUUUGAAGGGAAGCGAAGGUGGUGUGGUCCCUGGGGACAGAGGCGGCCUUGGCCGGCAGCAGGCCUUCCUAGGGACAUGCAUGACCUUAUUCCCUUCUCCUCCAGUGCCCCCUGGACCCUUGCUCUAAUGUGGCCUGAUUGGAUCACCCCUGCCUGCUGUUAGGCUGGAGGGGGGUGCUGGGCUCUCUUGUCUCCUGAGAAUCCUUUGCUUAUGGCUUCUCGUCAGCAAAACACCGCAUCAGCGUUGUGUGGUCGUUGUGAAGAGCAUCACUGGUCAUGCUUAACUCCGGUGGCAACUGUCAGAGAGAAUGCAAAAUGCACCCUAGAACACCGUCUGUGCUGCACCGGGGCCAGAAACCACACAGCCAGCCCGCAGGGCAGAGCUCACACACUAGAGUGUGUGAGCCCCUCCCCCCACCAGGAACCAACGUGGCUGACUGACCGCCUCACACUCGCUGGGCUUCAAAACAUCACCCCCCCACCCCGAGUAGGCAAAAACGGGCCAGUUCCCCAGCUCAGGGAGGUUUGGGAACAUGACUAGGUUUCCAGCAGUGUUUUGACCUUGAAAAUAGAAUCCCAUCAUCGUGUAAACAGAUGAAAGCUAUGGUCUACGUUGUGAGGUCUCCUUCCCGCAGAUGUGCCUGGUGUUAUUCUUCAUGCACGCUCAGUCCAACACAGCCUCCCACCCAAACCAGAUCCUUCCCAGGAGGAUUAGCAUUUGAGGUAGCAUUUCUGAUCCCCGUCAAGGUACUCUGUGCUCAGGGGCUGAGGUCUGUGUGAGAGAAAUGAUAGCAGCAGCCUCUCCCGUGCACCCAGCCCUCCCCAUGGCACAGCGUCCACCUGGACGGUUGGCACGGGGAGUCUUUGGAACACCCUGGACCAUCGAAUGGAACCAUCUACUCCGAGCCAGGCUGUGUCACUGCGACCUUGGGACAGACGGCAUGGGCCAAGGUUCCACAGGCUGAUCACGUUGUGUCACCAGGGCUUUGCAACCUAGUUUACAUUUUGUUCUUUUUAAAAAACACAAAAAGGAAAACAUGCUUUAUGAAUCAAUUUUGCAGCUGCUAAGGGCUUCAGAGAUAUAUUACCAAGCCAUUUAAAAAGUUCCCGGGGACAUUUUAGGGAACAGGAAAUUCUCAAAUGACUUGUUCUCUUCGAAAAAUAACUCAGAAUUGGAUGCAGUCUGGACACCAACCAGAGACUUCUUUCAUUACAGCUGGCACACUGCUUUCGUUCUUAGCGACUACAUGCGUUGGAAUCAUUGUCUGCAGCAGACUGGACUGAUGACCAGGUGGACCCUCUGUGGCUGGGCCACGGUCAGACUCGGGUUGAGAUGCUCCCUGUGGCAGAGCCAGCUUCCAGCAUCUCUUUAAGUCACAAUGGUUAUGACAUUCAUCCAGGAAGGCCAAAAUAGCGAGGGACAGCAGGUCCUGUGUCAGUGGCAUUCCCACCCCAGCCUGGUCUGUGGGGCCCCUUCUCACCUUCAGGACCCCUCUCUGCAGGUGCUUUUGUUUUGGUGUCUCUCAGUUACUUUGACCAAGGCAGAGAGCAGCAUGUUUACCUUUCAACCCCAGGAGGGCCUCUCCACCUUCCAUCCUGGCCAGGUAGGCCACGCAGGUAGCGGGGAGGAAGGACAUCCAUCCAAGGCCGGCCUUUCUGCCCUAGUGAGCAGAGAACUUAGGCUGUCCAAUAGUGUGGGUGGCAGAGCAGUGACGCCAGAAAGGGAGGAAGGAGGGCCUGAAGACGGGAUCGUGGGCUGUACAUCCAUCCAGCCUCAGGGACAAAACACCGAACCCCAAGAAGCACACUGGGGUGUUCCUUUGAAGAAAGAACACCAUUGAUGGGGCCUCUGGCUGCUGACUUCCACAUCCUGGUUUGUUGCCUGCAGAGUUCAGGAGCAUGUAGAAUAGCAGUGGUCUUCCAGGAACCACCAAGAGCCUCCCCGCAAAGCCCACUCUCUGCUGCAGAACCCCAGGCCUCUCUGGCCCAUGCUUCAGCUCGGAAAGCCUGGGCUGCGUUCGUUUCCUGCUUCUGCUAUUUAAUAGCUCUCUGGCUGCCCUUGGGUGUGGCUAAUCUCUUAAACCUCAGUUUCCUCCUGGAACACCUGGGGUGCUCGUGAGGAUUAAAAGAGAUGGCGCAAGUCAAGCGACACAGGGCGUGAGAGCUCAAAAUUGGACAGCAGCUCUUAUUACUACAGGCGGAAACUGUGCCUGAGACCCGGGAAGACGUUUGAUGAGAACUAACCUCUCCCAGUUUGAGUUUUAGCACCAGUUAACACUUGUUCAAAGAGGGGUCUCUGUGGGUUUUGACAGUGGGCCCUCAAUAAACAUUUGUGGGAUGAUGGAAUGAAUGAACCUGAAGCUUCAGUGCCCUUUUCGUAGCUGACUUAGUUUGUGAAUACAAGUGCAUGGCAGGCCUCACAGGCCUUCUCCAUCGUGUUCGGCGGACUUCCCCUGGAAAAGGGCUAGAGAGUAAGUACUGAGGUUCUGAGGGCCCAGCCCCCACCACACCCCCACUGCAUGUGUGGAGCACAACAGGAAAGCAGCCAGGGACAAUCCAGAAAAGAAUGACGGUGGCUGUGUUUCGAACACAUAUAGUGUUGGACACGGAAACCUGGAUUGUGUUUAAUUUCCACGUAUCAUGAAACCACCGUCUUCUUUUGAUUCUUUUCAAUUACUAAAAAUGUCGAAACCAUUCUGCACUUGUGGUCCACACAGGACUAGCCGCCCGGAUGUGUCCCCUAGGCUGGAGUUUGCUCUCCCUCAUAGGCCAGGAUUACCCCUCCCAACAGAUUUUUACAAAUGCAGUGAAUCUGUACAACAUACCUGACUGGUACUCUUCAAAAACGUUGAGGUCGGGACCAACAAGAAAAGACUGAGAAGCUGGCACAGAUCAGAGGCAACUAAAGGAGACCCAAUGACUAAAUGCAAAGUGGGAUCCUGGGUUUCUGGAACAGACAGUGGACGUUAGGAGGAACUGGCGAGACUGGCAUGAAGUCUGUAGUUUAGCCAAUGGCGUGGUACCAGUGUUAGUUUCUGUUUCAAUCACUGUCAUGGUUCAAUGUGCACACUCGGGAGG